UUGCAGGAGAGUCAGUUGUUUUCAAGUCCAAGUUCAAAACAUGACAUCGUUUUCAGCCAGUACCUUGGAAAAAAAACUAAAUGAUCUCUCCAACACUCAACAGAGCGUCCAGACACUAUCCCUGUGGCUGAUACACCACAGAAAGCACGCUAAAUUGGUGGUACAAACAUGGAAUAAAGAAGUUCACAGAGCUAAGCCAGCUAAAAAGCUAACAUUGCUAUACCUGGCCAAUGAUGUCCUCCAGAAUAGCAAGAAGAAGGGGUCAGAAUUCAAUGCCGAGUUCAAAGCUGCUCUGCCAUCUGUCUUUAAACAUUGCUCACAGGAAACAUACAAAGAUGCUACAGUUAAAGGCAUGGGAAGGCUUCUCAAAAUAUGGUCAGAAAGAGGAGUUUUUGAGCUGUCUUAUAUAGAAAAACUCAGAAAACUUACCAACUAUGAACCUCCAAUAGAAGCAUCACCACCUCCAAGUAAAAUAGCUCGACUGGAUAGUGCUAGUGAUGAACCAGCAGAACCUCCAGAUGCUGAGGAACUAAUUAAAGCGCUACAAGAACUAGAGCAGUCAGCUUCUCAAGAUGCUGUGGUUCGAGAAAAAAUAGCUAAUUUACCAGCAGAAGUUCAAGAUGUUUCCUUACUAGAAAAAAUUGAAGAUAAGGAAACAGGAGAUCGCUUGACACGGAUUGUGGAUAAAGCAUGUGUGUUGUUAGCUGAGUACAAUGGAAGACUUUCUGCUGAGAUGGAAGAUCGUGUAACUCUCUCAAAAAUGUUGUCUUCCUUUCUUGCGCUUCAAAAAGAUAAACUCGCAGAAACCGAAAAAAGAUUAGAGGAAUUCAGAGCAAAACUCGAUAAAGUCACGAUGGUAAGAAAGGAGCUCAAAUCUCAUCUCGAUAAUCUACCCGACCUUUCGAAGCUACCCGAUGUAGAUGGUGGCCUUCCUCCUCUACCUUCAGCAGGGGAUCUCUUCGCAAGCUCCUCUGGACAGAAAUCCUGACACGCAGAUCGACAUGUAAAUUGUUGAAAUUCUUAUCUUGGUGGAUUUUUUAAACUGAUUUUUUUAAGGAUUUAGCACAGGGAGCCCAUUAAAGAUUAAAGUGAAAGGUAAAAAUAAAAUCGUGGGGAAAAUUGACCUUAUUUUUUUUAUUCGAGGUCAAUAGAGAUAAUGGCCUAUUAUGUAAUGCAAGCGAGUGAAAAAAUCGUUCGAAAAUGCACUAGAACAUUUUUUUUUCGUGGGCGCCUUUGUUUUCCUAUAUAAUUCCCUAUUGUAUGACAUAUAGUCAAUACCUUAUUUCCUCCAUUUAUUUAAGCCUCAAGACUUUACCAAGCAUUCCCUAGUAGUUCUUUGAUUACACGUUACGACAUCGCGGCUUCUGGGGGAAGCGUUUGUGCCAUUCAACAAUAUAUUUCUUAUUAGUAUCCAUUGUUAAGGGCGCCACAUAAAGAAAAUACGAUAUGUACACAGGGUAUUUACUUAUUUUUCCAUUUCAUUUUUACCUAUUGGGCUCCCUGUGGACUCAGUUUGUGAACUCUACUUUAGUGUGUCUGUCUUUAGAAGAGUAUAAUUUAUGUAUAGCAAGUUUUGUAGUUGGUGGUUUGUCAGUAUUUUUAAGGGACAGGAGACAAAGACGAUGUGAUUCAAGUUAAUCGGCCAAUAGAAUGUCGUCAAUCAAAUAUAUCGUUCGGUACCUUUACAUACUCCGAUUGACGGCAGCGUAUUGCUAGUCUGCGUGCAGCCGGACUUUUCAGUCAGUUAGAGGCCGGCUUCACGCAGGCUAUGUAUUGCCGGAUUUUCCUGUCGCGACUUCUGUCUCGAUCAGCAUAUAGCAAUGAAAACAGUGUUGAUGGACGUAAUGUUUAGCCAUUUGAGACCACGUGAGAAUAAGAUUGCUUGUGUUGUACCAUAUGCAUUUGUCUUUUCAACCGUUAAGCAAAGAAAUGAUACUCUAGGGAAUGACACCGUGUGGAAAUGGUAAUAGUCCAUGUCACAGUUCCCAACGCGAUCUUGAAAGGUAACAGUGUCUGUGCAUCGAAGCGAGAAYGGCGGUGACCCUUCAAUGUUWAAAAAAAUGCGAAAACAGUGUACCAUCCCUCUUACAACUUGACACCCAACGAUUUGUGUAAACAACCAAUUAUAGUCGGUGUUACAUUGUAAAUAUUUAGCGCACCCCAGUCUUGUUCGGUUACCGUUGCGAGAUGAGUCACAGAGAACGUUGCAAAGCAUAACAUCCCACUUUUCGUGCAGCGGCAACGUUUUUAUUUCUUCUCGUAACGAAAUUAUAAAACUACUUGCAAAGAAAACUGCUUCGUGUAACAGUACAUAUACUGUAAGCUUACGGCCCUGGCUAAACGAGAAAACAUAUUUCCAGAAAUAUGUUUCCCUAAAUGUUUCCUAAGGUGGCAAAACUGUCAGGAAACAUCGGGAAACAGUGUUUCCAAAAUUUGUUGCACGCAGCAAUGUUUCGCAUGUGGCUAAACUGGGAAACAUGCUCGCGGUAAACAUGUUUCCUCGUUUAGCCAGGGCCUAUAAGUCAGUGAUUUGCCGUGUUUUUCCCAAUCACCUUUGCUUCGUCUUGUGUGAACAACGUGCUGAAAAGGAAACAUGCGACACUGCAAGGACAAUAUAUCAAAACACUGUAUUUGCUUUCUACGUCUUGUUUGCUGUGUUAAUCUUCCAACGUGUAAAUAAGAUUGGCAAAAAUAAGGUACGGCUAUGAAUAGACCAUUGUCGAGUUCCAAAUUACCGCUGUGUUCCUUGAUUACAGACUCAUUUACUCAGGCUUAGCCUCGAAUCAGUGUCUAAUUAUUCCCAAAUACCAAUGGUAAAGUAAAGGAAGUAAAUUCAGCGAUACAAACAUUUUGAAAUUUCACGGACGUUUACUGGAACACGUGAAUAUUCUAAACAAAAUCGGGGCUAACCCUGAGCAACAGAGAACUCGAAACUGGGGUAUUUACUGUAUCUUAUUUCACUCAUUCUAAAACGACGCAAGAAGAGGUUUGGAAGGUCUUCCUAACCAGCUAACUACUGUAUUCGAACUCACUAAAUCAUAAAUACGAGUCAGUCGUCUUAUUAAGUAAAAACCUAAUUUCAUACAUAAA